AUGAUAUUGAGGCAUGGAUGCUCGUUGCUAUCCAUCACGAUCCUACUCUCGGUUGUUGCACAAUUUGAAAAGUACAUAUUCCCUAGUGCCAAUAAAAGUCAAUACAAAAAAUCAGUUGGAAAUGGAGUCUCCAGUUUGACAGAGAAGGAUAUGCAAUGCUCACAAAAAGAGUUGCUUCGAAAGACUACCUUUCGAUGUCCCUCGCGAGGUCAUGAAUUGCGCGAACACAAAAACGACAUCCCACGGAACAUUUCAGAAUCAGAGUAUAGACAGAAUUACAUUGACAAUAUGAUUGCCGUGUAUGACGGAAUCGACAAGGACCUCUUUCAGCAUUGCACCAGUCUCUCCUUUCCGUUGGAAACAUGGGAUCCACCUGAAUGCUGGCCCGUUCCUGUCAUUCUACCAUCCUAUCCCACCAGCGGCAAUGGACUUUUUCGAUCCUUGCUCAGCAAUUUGACUGCUCCUUUGGAGACAAGCAUGGUCAUGUACAAUUCAUCACGACAAUUGCCGACUGCCUUGUUCCGAUUGGGUCCUGAUGAAGGUAGCAGCACAUUGGUCCACGGGAUGUUGACAGCCGGGGACGCUCUUCCACUCUUUCGGAGGAUAGUGGUAUUCAAGUCACACAUGGGUGGUAAAGUCAACAAUCCCAAUAUGGAUUUGAACGCGGCCAAACUUCAUGUUGCCCGCCAACACGAAAAGCUCCAUGGCAUAUUACGGCUAGCAAGAAAUCCAGGCGAUCAAAUGUUGAGGAAUCACUUUCGAUGGAAUAGCAGACGCUGCUAUAAAGAGGGAUUGGAAUGCUUUUUGGAGAAAGCACAUCGAUUGUGCCCUGCCAUGCCCGAUGUGGCGGAAGAAUAUCACAAUUUCCACACCUUUUGGAGCAACUUUGACUCAACCAUGCCACAACAUGUGGCAUACUACGAGAACUUUAGCAGCAAGGCGCAAGUCAAAGAUUCCAUUGUUGCUGCCAUGCAAUUUUUGAAUACUCUAACACCAGAUGUUGACUAUGAACGAUUCUACAAGGAUAAGGACCGAAUGGCCAUGGCAACAGGUGUCAUCCGGGAACCAAAAUAUGAACAUGGAAAGUUGUUGGCAGAGGUGUGUGGCGUAGCCAUCGCAAGAAGAGUUCAUGCAAAGACCAAAGCUGUCACGAAAGAAUUGGGAUAUGUAUUUGACAAUGCAGACGGAACGUGGUCAUUAGAUUCUACAAGAAUACGGAAAUAG